AUGAGCAAGUGUCCAGAAGAUUGCAAAUAUCUUUGUUGUAGACAAAUCAUUGUAGAUAAAAGACUUACAUGUAAUUUAGGAAAUUGUAAGAAUGAUAAAGAUCUUCAAAGAUCUAAAAAAUGUGGAUUUCAACAUGAUGGAUUUACAUAUAGUUAUCAUAACAAUUUUGAUAUAAAGUUUAAAAAUCAAGAUGGAAUAAGAAUACCUUAUAAUGAACCUUUAUCAGAAAGAUUUUUAUAUUUUCCAUUAUUUAGAUUUAAUGAUAAUGAGUUAAAUCAAUUUGAUCAGAAAACUCCAGAAUUCAUACUUUUAGAUAUAGCAUUUGAUAUAAUAUUAGUUUCGUUUCAUGGGUCUAAUAAACAUAAUCAACUUAGACAAACAUUACAAUUAACAAGUUCUACAGAAUAUUCUAAUGAUUUUAUUCCGAUGAUGCAAAAUAUGUUUUUUUCUAUAUAUUUGAUUAAUAUUUGUGAUAAAAGAUUAGCUAAACAAAAGGAAUAUAAAGCAGAAGAUUUUUUAAUAGGAAAUAAUUUUGAGAAUAUACAAUUUAGAGAAGGAAUAGAAAUAUUAGAUGAAAUAUAUAGAUAUAUACCAUGUGGACUUGAUUGUACAUUUCAUGAUCAUAAUAUCUCUCUCUGUUAUGAAUUUAGAAAAAAUCUAAAAGUUUGUGUAUUAAAUAAGAAUAUAAACGGAGAAGAUUAUUAUUUUAAUAUUGGAAAAUUUGGGAUAGUAAUGAUAGUAAAUUACAUGGAUUGGAUGCAUCAAAUUAGAAUUCAACACCCUAACGUAGAAGAUAAAGAUAAACAUGAAUUAGAUGAAAAUUUUCAGAUUUCAGAAGGUGGAACUGGGUGGUCAGUAUUCAUAAAAGAAUUUUAUCUUGAAUCAUUUUAUAAACCAGUUAUUAAACCUUUAACGAUAAGUAAUUUUAUGAGUUAG